AUGGUUGAUGUUCUCUAUUCACUUGUAGAUGUUACUCAACGGUUUGAUCAAUUAGUACUUGACCCAGUUUAUAUUUGUAAUCUUGAUAUGAUCUCUAUGACGAUGAAAUCAUUUUAUAAUUGUAUCUACUCAAUAGACAAUCAAGUUCUUGAUAGAAUUUGUAAAAAUAUUUUACCUCGAAUUCAUCAUCAAGUAAAUGAACUCAUUGUUGACCAACAUUCAAUGGAACGUGUUCUUCUUACUAUCAAUUAUUCUCAACUUUACUCGUUAUCACUUAUAGAUUUUCAAGAAGAUGUACUUCUCAAAUACUUAACAGGUAAUCAAAUUCUUUGCAAGCUUCUUACUGAACAAAUUACAUGUCUUCAAAUUGAUGUUAAGGAUAAUACAACAUCACCACCACUUCCUGAAACUGUUUCGACUGUGUUUGCUUUGAUUUUAUCUUUAUGUAAACAACUAAUCAAGUUAGAUUUCUGCCAAUUCGAUCAUCGAUCAACAAUUUGUCGUUUUGACUUCUCAACUAAUUGCAAGUCUUCAAGUUUGACUACAUUGAAAAUUCAUGUGAAAACUUUCGAUGAUUGUCUUUAUCUACUUGACGAACGUCUCAAUUGUUUAUCAACAUUGAUUAUACAUGUGGAUGAAAUUGCAUAUACAUUAGAAACUAUAGAUAAUACGGUUAGUAUAAUGUCAACUAUUGUCAUUCGAUAG